UCUGUCGGUCGCCAUUGGCCAGCCAAUCUUUUGUGUAAUCUUCAUAAGUUAUGCAGCAAUACAUACCGGAGAGCACGCCAAGAUAGUAUAAACAAAACUACAGUCCUAGAUGACGAACGUUUUUCUGUCCAUGUCCAUAUUUGUAUGAUAGACUCAUUGUUUAGAGUGAAUGAAAAACCAAAUAUUUGCCGAAAUCCCGAUAAAACAUACGGUUUUUGUGUUUUUGUGCCUCAAACGUGGAAGAAGAAGAAUACCCCACCUUGCGACUGCCAUUACCGGUGUAGGGUGCUACCGAAUGGUAGUUUCAAUAACCCAAUAUUUGCUUUGCAGUUGACAAGUUUCUGAAAUGGUCACCCAUCUCAUUACUAGCCAUCAUCCACAGCUCUGGCUAGAAGGCUAGCCUAAAGCAGAAUUCUUUCGCCCAAUUACUUGAACUGCCCAUACACACUUCAGUAACUACGUACUACCUUUCCGGAAAGCCAUGAGGACUAGCAGAAGAAGCUGUAUUGUACGUUACAACGUAGUGAGUAAGCUGACAGAAGGCGAUCCGAGAUACUAAGCCAUAAGUAAUUUGCUCUAGGCUAUCAUCUGACUUUGCUAGCGCUGAGGUUCGAACACAGUAUCUACGUGACGAACAGCGUAACCAUCAAGGCAUGUUGUACUCCUCAAAAGUGACGAACGGAUUCAACUAAUAUUGGUGUCUAGAAUGACUGCAAAAGCCACCAUUAGCUCCAUGCGUAUUGCGAAAAAUGUGUUUUCUUAAUGAAAUUGAGUACGACGUUGUUUUACCUUUCCUCGACUAGAGUUCUUAAAAUUCCCAUGCAAGAAAUGGUAACUCUUAUCAUUUACAUUUUCCAGCCCACCAAAAGGGUAUUUAGACAAAUAGGGAGGCGCUAACAGUAACUCCAAAAAAAAAAAAGAGUAAGCUACAAAGAAACUGUCAUUCAAUUGUGAUCCCAAAGUGUUGCUUACAAAGUACUGCCAAAAGUGUUACUACUGGUCGUAGUCGAGAAGGUGACAGAUAAAAGAAACAGCGAAACUUGUGGUGCCACUCUGCUUUCAGUGUUGCAUUUUUAAUCAAUCCAGCAAUCUUUCUAUCCUCUGUUCUAGUUGUGAGUUUGUUACUUCUGCUGAGAGUAGAAGAUACUUGACUUUUUUGUGCGAGUACCGUAUUUGAUUAGAAUUGGAAAUAGGAUAUGAACAUUUUCAAAGAAAGGCAUGUAACUCAUAGUCUAGCCGUUACUGCAGGCCUAAAAUGCUCGACAAGUCUUAAAGAGUACCGGCAUGUAUUAGUUUCCGACGACGCUAAGCUAAUAAACCUUUUUAACCAGCCACUAAAAACCUAUUGUAUUGCAACCAGGGAAAGUAAAAAUUUGUUGCUGUUUACUACCGGUGAUAUGGUCUUAAUUAAUUUAACGAGCUAAUGUGUUUAUUUAUUUACAGGUAGAGAAAAUGAAGAAGCUUGCAAUAAUCGACAAAUGACAACUACAGAUGAAAAUACAACCGAAUAUGUCACAGAAAAAUUGAGAAAAAGUUUGUGUGUUCAAAUAUAUAAUGAUAAAAUCUUAAGAGAAAUUGUAAAUGAACUUGGAGAAGAAUUAAUUGAAACGUAUUCUCAAGAUUUAAUUCGUACUUUUUGCACAAUAACAGAAAGAUCAUCAAAUAUUGAUAAUGAAUUAGAAAAUAACAAUAAACGUGAAAAAACAAUUGAAUUUCUCGCGAAAUGGUUACAAAUAAUCGAUAACGAUUAUAUGGUGGAAUAUGAUAAAUGUUUGAAUAAAAAUAUUUGGCUAUUAUCAUAUGUAUAUACUUCAUUUGAAUAUGAAAAAAAUGAUUUAAUGUCGUUGUAUACAGCAUGUCGGACAUUGGAUAAUUUAAAUAUAAACAAUAAUAUUCUUUCUCAAGAUUUUGGACGAGUGCAAUUUCGUGAACAUAUAUUUGAUUCAAUGUUUAAUUGUUUAUGGUCAAAAUUAAUUGAACUUUCUGAUUCUUCAAAUGAUGAAUUAUUGAUAUUAUGGAUGCAAACCUAUGCAUUCGUAAUUAAAUAUUAUCCAUCUGAAAAAGUUUUAGAUGGAAUUCAAUUACGAAUGAUAAAAACAAAAAUUCAAUUUAUGCAUUUAUCUUAUUUGAUAUUGUUGAAUGAACAAAUAAAAAUACCAUUUGAACUAAUUAAAGAUCUUUUAAGAGACAACAAUUUGUUAGAUAAUUGUGAUUAUGAAGAGAAUAAUGUAACAACUGAUGGUUGUUUAAAAUUAUUACCGAAAAUUAUUGAAAUAAUUUAA